CUAAGGAGGGAAUUAUUAUCACCGGAGCGAUAUGAUCCGCUAGUACGUCCUGUAAACAACACAGCAGACCCAGUACUGUUUGAAAUCAGACUGAAUUAUAAUGAUGUUGAGAUCCGAGAGAAUGAACAAACGAUCACGAUGGCUAUUUGGAUGGUGGCACUUUGGAAAGAUGUGUUUUUAGCAUGGAAUUCUACAGAAUAUGACGGCGUUGAGCAGAUUGAUAUCCUACCCACUGGGCUAUGGAAACCCCACUUUAGUAUCCUGAGAUCUGUUGAAGGCGAUGAAAUUCAUAUUCACGAAGACGCUUUAUUCAGUGUGCAGUCCACUGGAUUAGUGACGCUCCAAAUGGGGUUCGUUUCUAAAAUUGUAUGUAAAAUGGAUAUAACAAAAUUUCCGUUUGAUACACAGACUUGCGAAUUCUUCAUUAUAAGCUCUUACAUGAUGGCAAAAGAAAUGAAAUUCGACAAAGUGAAGUUCAGCAAUUCUAACCCCGUUGCCAGUCAAUGGGUUGUAGUAUCUUCAACUGCCACUAUCGGAACAAGAUAUUCAAAGAGUGUCGUUGAUUUCUCGAUAACUGCUAAACGUUUACCAUACUUAUACAUAAUUGAAAUCAUCAUACCACUUGUUGUAACAGCCAUGUUAAAUCCUAUGGUGUUACUUAUUCCUCCCUCUUCGGGAGAAUUGGCAUCGGUGGCAAUUACAAUCCUUCUUUCAUAUACAGUGUUCCUGAACAUGUUGAGUGGUAUUCUACCUAAGACAUCCUCGUCC